UAUGCCGGAAGUAGUGUCUCACGUGUGUGUCAACUCGCAAACAACAAGCUCUCCUUGCUCCCUUCUUCGCCCACCCGGCAAUUUUAUUUUAUGUCAUUUUGCCCCAAAUGGCGGCUAGAGAAUGUUUGACCAAGAAGGAUGUUUGACAUGAGGAUGGUUUUUGAUUGACGCGUUUUUCAAUAUUAUGAACAUUCUGAGUGUCAUCACAUUGCGCGUGUCCGCCGCCGCUCGUCCACUGCUCCUCACCCCGUGUCGCUGUCCUUUUUUGCGACCUGCCAGGCAAGCGCAUCAUUCCAUGGCUGACAACACCAACAACAAGAUGGAGAAUAUGAGGCCCGCCAAGCAGCAGGCGAAGCCUCUCCGGAGGCUGAAGGGCAAAGAGAGUCGCAGCAAACGCGGCGACGUGCACGGCCCCGCCACCGUGUACGUGCAGGUGGUCGGCGCCGGAAGUCGGGACAACGCCGCGUCACUUUACGUCUUCUCCGAGUUCAACAGGUACUUGUUCAACUGUGGAGAAGGGACGCAGAGACUCAUGCACGAGCACAAGCUGCGAGCAUCCCGCCUGGACAACAUCUUCUUGACCCGGAUGAGCUGGGAGAACGUGGGCGGUCUUUCGGGAAUGAUCCUCACCUUGAAGGACACCGGAGUCCCCGACUGCGUCCUCUCGGGACCCCCUCAGCUGGAGAGCUACGUGAAAGCCAUCAAGACUUUCUCCGGGCCGCUGGACAGCAUAAAACUUUCUGUUCGUCCGUACACGGACCAAACAUACACGGACGACACCAUGACCGUUGUGCAAGUUCCCAUCUUCGCCUCACCAGGGAAUAGCCGACUCUCUCCAGGAAUUAGCCGCUCCCCAAGUCCCACCUCCCUCGGGAGAGACGGCGAUCACCUCGAUGACGUCAAAGACCAAUCAGGAGACAAAAGCCAGGUUCCAAGAGACGCGUCACUGGUGGUCGCAUUCAUAUGCAAACUUCAUCCCAAGAAAGGAAACUUCUUGGUGCUCAAGGCCAAAGAACUUGGACUUCCUGUUGGCACAGCGGCGAUUGGCCCACUCAUCGCCGCUCUGAAGAGCGGCAAAAGCAUCACGUAUGAUGGCAAAGAGAUCCGACCGGAGCAGGUGUGCACGCCCACCGAUCCGGGGCCGGUGUUUGUCAUCGUGGAGUGUCCGUCCGAGGAGUUUGUCGGGCCUCUCUGCGAUAGUCAGCCCAUUUCAAGGUAUCACAACGGGGGGGCAGAGGACGCCCCCGCCCUGGUGGUGCACAUUACUCCCGAGGCACUGCUGAAAACGGAUCAGUACCGAGCCUGGAUGGAAAGGUUCCCGUCCAGCACCGAGCAUCUGAUCCUCAACGAGCACGCUGGCUCCGCCCACAAUGUCCGCAGUCACAAGAUCCAAGCGCAGCUCAACAUGAUCCACCCCGACGUCUUCCCGCACCUCACCGCCUACACGCCAAAAGAGCCCCGCUCAUCUUUCAAGGCGUCCGCCGUGCGAGCCGAAUGUCUGCUCAAGUUCCAGUUGCGACCGGUCAUCGAGUGGCAAAGAGACGCCAUCCCUCCUUGCAUCCACGAGGAGUUUGUCAAAGAGGCUUUUGACGUGCCCAACUUUUUGCAAGAAGUGAACAAAUGUCAGCAGCUACGCUCAAACGGCUCCGCAGCACCUCCUGGUGGCUUCUCCACAUCACUGAUGACAAUUGUGUGUAUUGAUGUAGGACAAGCCGAAUAUCCUGAGUUUGUUUUCCUGGGAACUGGAUCGGCUCUGCCCAUGAAAAUCCGCAACGUCAGCAGCACUUUAAUCAACAUCAGCUCGGGCCGUUCGCUGCUGUUGGACUGCGGCGAGGGGACCUUCGGCCAGCUGUGCCGACACUACGGCGACGGCGUGGACGAGGUUCUGUCCGACAUCUCUGCCGUGUUUGUGUCGCACAUGCACGCCGACCAUCACACGGGUCUGGUCAAGCUGCUGUACCAAAGACGACGUGCCCUGGCAACUUUAGGCAAGGCCUGGCGUCCCGUGUUGCUGUUGGCCCCCUGGGACAUGAUGAGUUGGCUGCGGCAGUAUCACGAUGGCUGCGAGGAGAUCCUCCAUCACGUCAACUUCAUCCCAAACGACGUCCUGCGUCACAAAGCAGAAGCUCCCAAGCCGAGGACGCGAGCGUUGAUUGGCGCGUUACUCGAGAAAAACGACUUGGAAAAGUUUGAGACGUGCACAGUUCGUCACUGUAAGAACGCGUACGGCUGCAGCCUGACGCACCGGUCGGGCUGGAAGGUGGUCUUCUCCGGCGACACCAUGCCCUGCGACGCCCUGGUGCACAUUGGGAAGAACGCCACCCUGCUGAUCCAUGAGGCCACGCUGGAGGACGGCUUAGAGGAGGAAGCGGUGGACAAACGACAUAGCACGACAUCACAGGCGAUCGACGUGGGCAUGAGGAUGCGGGCGGACUUCAUCAUGCUGAAUCACUUCAGCCAGCGCUACGCCAAGAUCCCGCUCUUUAGCGAUGAUUUCACCGAGCGAGUGGGCAUCUCCUUCGACCACAUGCGGGUGCGUCUGGGAGACUUGAAGAUCCUACCCUCGCUGAUCCCGGCACUCAAGACGCUCUUUGCCGAAGAACUGGAGGAAAUGGAAGAGAGACGAGAGCGACGGGAGCUCAAGCAGAAGAGGUCGACGCUCGCAGAGGGCGACGCCGGCCAGGAGAACGACACCUCUGGAGUCCUCCACGCCAAGAGACUGAAGAGCAGCUGAUGACUUUGAGUUCCAGCAGAACCUUGCUGUUGGCCACACAAAGGAGUCGAGUCCUGCCGCCAAUCGCAAACGCCACAAGUCACUGAUGCCCCUCAAAAAAAGGCCAAUAAAUUCCAGAAGAUUGCAGCAAAGCACUGCUUUUGUCUAAAUGCUGAACUGCAGAUAUGCUGGAUCCACUUUAUUUCAUCCAAACUGGAAGCCUUGAUUUAUUUCCUUUUUUAAUGCAGUGCUUUCAUUUUAUUUAACCCUUGUGUUAGUUUUUUAGUUUCCUAAUCAUUUAUUUCACUUAUCAACCAUGAAUUGUAAGUAAACCGAUAAUGAAGGACAAAUGCACUGAAAGCUUAAAAGUCAUGAAUUGCUUGAAAACAAUCAUUGCAUAAAGGAAAUUAUUUGGACACAUCA